ACAGGGAAGCCUGCUCCUUAGGUUCCAGGGAGUAAUAGUCGUUUGACUCCAUCUGAUCUGAAAUUUCAGGAGAAACCCAAUUAAAGGAAAAAUAUGACUGAGGGCGAGGUCAGACAACUGCUCCCCCUCCUUUAAAACAUUUAGUCGACAUUUGCCAAUUCAUUUGCUGUCCCCUAGAGAAUCCAUGCGUGUGUAUGCUGUGUAUGAUUUGGUAUUCAAUCUUUCGGUCUUUCCGACUUUUAGUGGCCCCAUUUGGGUUUCUCUUGGCAAGGAUACUGGACCAGUUUAUCAUUUCCUUCUCCAGCUCAUUUUAUUGAUAAAGAAACUGAGGCAAACGGGGUUUCGGGACUUGAACAGUUCGCAAGUGUCUGAGGAUGGGUUUGAACUUAGAUCUUCCCAACUCUAUCCACUGCACCACCUAGUUGCCCUCUUGUAUGUGAUAGAUGAGAGGGCCUGCAUCUUUCCUGACUCCAUCCUAUUCUAAGAAUGUAGGAUUGUUUUUGUGAAUUUGUGGAACUAUCAAGAACUUUUGGUCAAGAGUCAGGAAAUCUGGUGAAGUAUGCGAGACUUAACUGCACAAGUAACCAGCAGUGUGCUGCGGUUUCCAGAAGUGACUAUUCAAGCCCUUGGAGAAGAUGAAAUAACACUAGAGUCUGUACUUCGGGGACGUUUUACUGGAGGAAGGAAUGGAUUAGCUUGCCUGGCUUGUGGUCCACAACUUGAAGUAGUAAACUCUAUUACUGGAGAGCGGUUGUCUGCGUAUAGAUUUAGUGGAAUAAAUGAACAGCCUCCCACUGUCCUUGCAGUGAAAGAAUUCUCUUGGCAGAAAAGAACUGGAUUGUUAAUUGGUUUGGAAGAAACAGAAGGGAGUGUUCUCUGUCUUUAUGACCUUGGAAUUUCAAGAGUAGUUAAAGCAGUUGUACUUCCUGGAAGGGUAACUGCCAUUGAACCAAUAAUUAAUCAUGGAGGAGCUAGUGCAAGUACUCAGCAUUUGCACCAGAGUCUUCGAUGGCUUUUUGGUGUGGCAGCUGUGGUUACUGAUGUUGGACAGGUCCUUCUCAUUGAUCUGUGUUUGGAUGAUUUGUCUUGCAGUCAAAAUGAGAUAGAAGCAUCAGAUCUUGAAGUUGUAACUGGCAUCCCAGCUGAAGUGCCACACAUCAGAGAAGGUGUGACUCGAGAGGGAAGACAUCUCUGUUUCCAGUUACUAAGCCCAUCAGGAACAGCCAUUUCAACCCUUACCUAUAUAAGCAGAACCAACCAGCUUGCUGCAGGUUUUUCUGAUGGCUGUCUAGCCCUUUGGAACAUGAAAACUUUGAAAAGGGAGUAUUAUGCCCAGUUAGAAGGAGGAAGAGUACCUGUUUAUGCUGUUACUUUCCAAGAACCUGAAAAUGAUCCUCGAAAUUGUUGCUAUUUAUGGGCUGUUCAGUCUACACAAGAUAGUGAAGGAGACGUUUUGAGUUUACAUCUUCUUCAGCUGGCCUUUGGUGAUAGAAAGUGCUUGGCAUCAGGACAAAUCCUUUAUGAGGGAUUAGAAUACUGUGAAGAGAGAUACAGCCUAGAUCUUACAGGUGGUAUAUCUCCUUUGAGAGGUCAGACUAGCAACACCAAACUUUUGGGAUGCCAGAGCAUAGAGAAAUUUCGAAGCCACGUCGACAGGGAGGAAGGCGUAAAUGAAGUUCUGUCUCCUGACACCAGUGUUUCAGUCUUUAGCUGGCAGGUGAAUACAUAUGGACAAGGAAAGCCAUCUACAUAUUUAGGUCUUUUUGAUAUAAAUCGUUGGUAUCAUGCACAAAUGCCAGAUUCUUUAAGGCCAGGAGAAUUUCUUCAUAAUUGCUCUUAUUUUGCACUGUGGUCAUUGGAUUCUGUAGUGAGUAAGACUUCUCCAAAUUGCAUCUUGGAUAUAUUGGUACAUGAAAGAAGUUUGAAUCGUGGUGUUCCUCCUUCAUAUCCACCACCUGAGCAGUUUUUUAAUCCCAGUACUUAUAAUUUUGAUGCUACUUGCUUGUUAAACUCAGGAGUUGUUCACUUGACUUGCACUGGCUUUCAAAAGGAGACCUUGACUUUUUUAAAGAAAUCAGGAUCUUCUUUGAGUGAAGCCAUUCCUGAUGGUUAUAACAGAUGUCUUGUGGCUGGACUCCUUUCUCCAAGACUUAUUGACAUACAGCCUUCCAGCUUAAGUCAGGAAGAACAGUUAGAAGCUAUAUUGUCAGCAGCUGUUCACACAAGUUCCUUAGGACUCCUAACUGGAUGCAUUAGAAGAUGGACAACAGAAGAACAACCAAGCUCUGCUGCUAAUUUGCGGUUUGUUCUUGAGUGGACGUGGAAUAAAGUAAUAUUUACAAAAGAAGAAUUUGAUCGAAUAUGUACUUCAUUAUUUGAUGGUUCUUGUCAUUUUAUUGAUCCACAAACUAUCCAGUCUCUUCAGCAGUGUCAGUUGCUUCUUAACAACCUUAGCACCGUCUUAAACUGCUUUUUAGCAGAGGCUCAAGAGCUCACUGAAAGAGGUCUGGUGGACUUAACCAAUAAGCAAAUGGUUACUAACCUUAUCUCUCAAUAUGCACAAGUGGUUCUUUGGUUUUCUCGUGCUGGUCUCUUACCAGAGGGUUUAGAUGAUCCUAUGCAGUUGUCAAGAUUAUGGUACAACUAUCCUGUAAUUCAGAGCUACUACACCAGUCGGCGACAGAAGCUUCAGCGUCUGGCAAGAGGGAAGUGGAACUCUGACUGUUUGAUGAUUGAUGGAAUGCUUUCCCAAUUAGGAGAUCGAAUUGAGAAGUUGUGGCAACGGGAUGAAGGAGGCACGGGAAAAUAUCCUCCUGCUAGUCUACACGCACUUCUUGAUGUGUACUUAUUGGAAAACAUUGAUGAAACAAAUAAACAUGCUAUUACCAUUUAUUUGCUGCUUGAUAUUAUAUAUUCUUUUCCAAAUAAAACAGAUACUUCAAUUGAAUCUUUUCCAACUGCCUUUGCAAUCCCUUGGGGUCUGGUUAAACUUAUUCAAGGUUUUUGGCUUAUAGAUCAUAAUGACUAUGAGAGUGCUUUGGAUCUCUUAUUUCAUCCAGCUACAAUAAAGUCUAUGACAUGGCAACAUACAAAGAUUAUUCAGGCUUUCAUGUGCCAAGGGGAACAUAGACUAGCCCUUAGAUACAUUCAAACAAUGAAACCAUCUGUGUCGAGCAGCAGUGAGGUUAUGCUUCAUCUCACUGUUUUGCUUUUUAAUAGGUGUAUGGUUGAGGCUUGGAGUCUCUUGCGGCAACAUUCAAACAGGUUAAAUGUGGAGGAAUUACUUAAACACAUGUAUGAAGCCUGCCAGGAAAUGGGCUUAAUGGAAGAUUUGCUGAAAUUACCAUUCACAGACACAGAACAAGAAUGUUUAGUGAAAUUUUUGCAGUCCAAUGCUGGUGUUCAGAAUCAUGAAUUACUCUUAGUUCACCAUUUACAACGUGCCAAUUAUAUACCUGCAUUGCAGCUGAAUCAAUCUCUGAAGGUUAAUUUCAUGAAUGAUCGUGAUCCUCGUUUGAGGGAAAGGUCAGUUGCCAGAAAUUCCAUUUUAGAUCAGUAUGGGAAGAUACUUCCUAGAGUACAGCGAAAGUUAGCCAUGGAACGAGCUAAACCCUAUCAUUUGUCAUCUUCAGUUUUUCGAGAAGUUUCUAGGCCCAAACCACUAUCUACUGUUGCAAAACAAACUACAGCAGGGACUAUAUUAACACGAGCAGCUUUCAUCAAUAAUGUAUUAUCGAAAAUUGGAGAGGUUUGGGUUGGGAAUGAAUUGAAAAAUAAUUUAUCCCCUUACAAUAGCCCUAAAAUUGAAGAAACUUCUCCUGUAGUAUACUCUCUCCCAGAUACAGAAUUGCCUGAUGCAUUUGUUGGAACACCAAUUACAAAAGCAUCAGAAAAAAUUUCUAGACUAUUGGAUUUGGUUGUUCGUCCUAUUCCUCAGCCCUCUCCUAAUUUGGAAUAUAAUCAGCUUACUCCAGCGAGACCUAUGGUAUAUAUAACAUCUGAUUCGUUGCCAUCAACCUCACAGCUAACUGGGUUACCCGAGAACUUUGGAAGAGCAUCUGAAUUAACUUUGCUUGAAACACCUCUUGUGGUAAAGAGAGCUAAAGCUUUGGCUUCAUCUAUUUCUGCUGCUGGAUUUCCUGAGUUUACUCCUCAUUCCAUCUUAAGAUCUAGUCUUCGUACAACACCUUUAGCAUCUCCUUCUGGAUCCCCUGGAAGAUCUGUAACCCCUACUCCACGUGCAAAAGAAACUAGGAUCUCCUUCAUGGAAGAAGAUGUAACUACAAAAUGGAAUACUGGAGUAAGUUUGGUGGAGGUUACAGAAGACAAUAAAGCAAAAUUGUUUGUACCCUCACCUUUGCAUAAAUGUGGAGUUCAUUCAGAGACUGUGUGGCUGACGAGCAAAAAUAAGACUUCACCUUUGGUCCCUAGUGGACAAAAAGAGGAUCAAGAAGAGACGAUUGAAUUAACAGAGAAUUCACCCAUAGAAAACACAGAGAAAAUAGAAAUGACUACCGAGAACAGCAGUUUUCCCCAGACCACUUUGGGGUAUGAGGUUGCUCCAUUGCCAGAUGACAUUGAAGAUGAAGAUGAUGAUGAUGAUGAUAAUAAUGAUGAUGAUGAUGAUGAUGAAGAAGAAGAUGAUGAUGAUGAUGAUGAAGAUGAAGAAGAAGAUGAUGAUGAUGAUGGUGAUGAUGAUGAUGUUAUUUUCAUUUUUUCUAAGCCAGCAAACAAUUCAGCUAACUUAACUGGUAAUUUGGAAAUACAGAAGGAAGAGGAUGACAAAGAAGGUACUGGGCCAACAGAACUAUCUUCAGAGACAGAAGAGCAAAUUGGUGUUUUGAAAGAGGAUGAAAACAAAUUGGUCUCAGUUUCAGUAGCUGAAAUUUCAGAAUUAAAUCCCCCAAGCUUUGUUCAAGUUUCUGAAUCUUCACCUUGUGCCUUAUCAGAGCAGGAAAGGGAAAUCUUCACCCAGGAGCCCAAGUUGCCACUUUUGGAUGAAAAACAAUUAUCUGAUGAAAUAUGUACUACUACAGUUGGAAUAGCAGGAGCAAAUAAUGAAUCUGUGAUGAGUGUUCUGCAUGUCAGUGAAAGUUCUGGGCCUGUUACUUCUGAAAUUCCUACAACCAACAUCUUUGAAAAUACAUUCAAACAAGAAAUAGCCUUAGAUUUAAAGGAAGAUUAUGAAAUAGAGGUUGAUGCACCGAAAGAAAAUGCUAAUUUACCAGAAGAAAAACCAUCAGUUUCUGACAGUUCUGACAGUGAAUCUCAAGAAAUUCAUGUGAUUGAACAUGAAAAAGUUGAAACCAUGACAUCAGGAGAAGAGACUGGGACUCUUUCAUUGAAUGAGUUGUAUCCUUCAAGAACUUUAAACCUUCAAUAUAACUUUGAUACCAUUGAACAACAGUUCACUUGUGGCUUACCUGAUAAUAAAGACUCUGCUGAGUGUGAUAUGGCUGAAGUGGAUGGAGAGCUUUUUGUGGCUCAGAGCAACUUUACCUUGAUAUUGGAAGGUGAAGAAGGAGAAGUUGAAACAGGAGAUUGUGUCACAUCUGAUGUGUCAGCUAAUACAGCAGCUGAGAAAGAAAAUGACAGUGAUAAACAUGGGCAUGUUGAAGGUUUGGCAUCUGUCAGGAUAAAUGAUCAAGAGUCCCAAAAUGAUGUGGAGACAUUACCCUAUGUGCCAGAACCAAUUAAAGUAGCUAUUGCUGAAAAUUUACUAGAUGUCAUUAAAGACACAAGGAGUAAAGAAUUUGCUUCAGAUGCAGUGGAACAAACUAUCCUUGAAACCAUGCCUUUAAUAACUCAAAAGGUAAUGCGUUCUACCAAAACAGAAAAGGAAACAAGUCUAGUAGAGUUAGAUAGCCAAGGCAUUGACAUGAUACCUUCCAGAACACGAACAAGAGGACAGAGCAUCAAAAAUCUUAAGUCCAGAUCAAUACCUGAGGAAAAAUCUGCAGACAUUCCAACACCUGAAAUACUAGAACUUUCUGCUAUAAAAAGAAGUACCAGAAAAACAAAAGAAAAAUCUGAGAUAUCUGAAAGUGCCUUUGCUGAAAUUGAAGCAGAUUCUCAGAAAAUAUCCCAGGAUUCUGUUACUCCUAGGAGAGGAAGGAAAAAAAAUGUUAAACUGGAUACAUUAAAAAUUGCUAUUGAACAGGAAUUACAAGACUCCACAACUUCCCGGAGAGAAUUAAGGAUGAAAUCGUCUCAACUUUCUGAAUCAUCAAAUGAGGAAACUCCCUAUAGUAAAGAAGCUGCUGUUACAAGAAGAACUUUGAGAAGAACAAAAAAAUCUGUAGAGGAGCCAGAAAGUAGUGAAUUAUUAAAUGACGAGAAAGCUAAAUUAGUAGUCAGUCCUGGCAGAAGUAGGAAGAAAUUGAGAAGCAUUGAUUUGGAACUCUCUGAAAAUGUUGGUCCUAAUCAAGAUGAUGCAUCUAAUGAAGAGAAGCACCCUGUCCAACAGAGUGGGAGAAGCAGAAGGAGAAUGAAUAACACCUCAUUAUCUCCAGAGCGCUCUAAACUUGAUUUAUCUGAAUUGACUUUUGAAACAGAGUUCAAGACACCAGCUACACCUAAGAAAAGGGGCAGACCAAAAAGAGUAAAUCCAUCAGAGGAUAAAGAUAUUCAAGAAAUUAGUACUGAGAUGAAACAAACUCCUCUUACCCCAAGAAGAUCUACAAGAAUUACCUCAAGUAAAACUGGUAAUAAUAAUCUAGGAAAAUUACCUUUAGAAAAUAAUCCUUUAUCACCAAAUGAAGGACCGAAUACACCACUGAGUUCUAAGAAAAAGUUGACAAAAGUGACUGAAAAUCAAAGGAGAAAAAAUAAACUUCCUUCAAUAUCAGAAGGAAGCACAGAUGAAGAAAUUAUACUCAAAGACUCCAAAAGCAAAGAAAUACUGCAUGCUGAUAAUGGAUUGACCAACUCAUCUCGUAAUACAAGGACUAGAUCCAGCAAGACAAUUAUUUUUCCUAACUUUUCUGACCCCCAAACUGAGUCUUUUUUAUUUUCUUCACCUGUUUCAAAAGUUACACGGAAGACAAGAGCUCAAAAAAUAGAAACCACUGUACAGUUGAAAGGCCUAGUUUCAGAUUUGUCCUCUCAGUUUGUCUUCUCACCCCCGACUUUGAGGACCACACGAAAACAGGCAUCUGAACUUUCACGGAUUGUAAAAGAACUGGAAUUACCAGUUGAAAGUGACCCCAAAUCAGUAGAAACCACGGAAAAGCAAAAAGUAAAACGAAUCAGGACAACAAAAACAAAAGCAAGCAAAACCACAGAAAAAGAAGGUUCUUGGUCGCCUCCUCCUGUGGAAAUUAAGCUGAUUUCUCCCUUGUCAACCCCAGUUGAAGCACCCAAAAGUAAACCAAGAAGGACUACAGAAACAACGGAAAAAACUCAUGGAAGGAACAGAAGGAAACUGUCUUCCUUUCCAAAGCAAGUUUUACGCAGGAAGAUGCUUUAAUUUUUUUUUUUUUCAAGUUUUUAAUGUAUACCCCCAGUUUGUAAAGUCAUCAGAAUUGUGUGGAUUCUUAAAAAUCAUCUAAUUUGGAAAAAAAUAAUUUAUAUAAAUUAUUGUAAAUUUUCAUAAAUAAAUGGUCUUCAAUAAGUAAAGUAACUCCAUAUGGAGUGUGAUUCCUUCAGUCACAUACAGUUUUUUCUAUUUUAUAUUAAGACUUCAUACAUUUAUAUAAUAUGUAAAUACAGCUUAUUAUUGGAAUGUUAAAUAAACUGUAUACUUCACAAUA